GCCUUUUGGCUUCUUGUGAAGGUCGAUUGGAUGGCUGCGCGUUGGACGUUGGAAGUUGGGGUUUGGAUCUUUUGCUGAUACUUAGCGUUAGGGUUCAAUCUUUGCUUUGCAAAAGAAGCAAAGUGGCGACAAUGACGACGAAGGCUACCAACACAAUCGUCCAAAAAGGUGAGAUAGUAACCAACCACGAUGAGCGUAGACCUAUCGGACGAGCCUUGUCAAAAUGGAUCUGAUGACCAAGCAUUAUCCUCGCUUGUACUGGAGGAGGCAGUGGCACAAAAUCAGCAACUAUGUGAACCCCUCUUGUCUGGCCAAGAUAAUAGUAGUAGUGCACAAGCAGAAGAACAACCUGCCCCACCAUUACCCAGCUUUCAAGGUCUACUAUUUUAUCGCCUCUUGUACUUUCUGGAUGGCUUGUCUGCUUCUGCAUGGGGUCGUUUUGGAAUCAUCUAUUAUAACCGAAUCAAGCACCUAAGUGCUGGUCAAAUUGGAGUCCUACAGGGUGUGGCACCUGUUCUCAGACUGGUUUCCCAACCAGUUUGGGGAUAUAUUGCGGACUAUGUUCAGUCUCGAAAAACCAUCUUUGUCAUUUGCAACACUUGCUGCACCAUGUUGAUCCUAUCCCUGUCGCACUGGAAGGGAUUCUGGCCCAUUCUCUGUUGUGUGGCAGCCAUGUCCUGCUUCAAUUCUGACGGAGUCCUAGAUGCUCACACAUUGGACUUUCUAGGAGAAGCAUACCGUGGCAUGUAUGGCAGCAUUCGAUUGUGGACUGCCAUUAGUUGGGGAUUGGGUGCUGUUGUCAUGGGAUGGAUCACUGAUCAGUGGGGAUUCCAUUGGAACUUUGUUCUCUUUGGUACAAUGAUGCUGUUGAUGCUUGCUGCCAUUAUUUUUGGAUUGCCCACCAGAUCCAAAUCCGAGCAACAGCUCUACAAUCAACUCAAUACUAGUAGCAACAAUCAGCAGGAACAAACAGAGGAAGAAGCCAAUAUCACUGCUCAUUCAUCGUCCAAUCAUCCUCAGCUUUCUGAGUUACGGAAAGCUAUCCUUCGCUUGCCAGUUUGUUUGUGGCUCGCUGAGGUAGCUAUCAUUGGGGCGGGAAUGACAAUUGUGGACUCUUUUCUCUUUGUAUAUCUACAAAAUGAGCUUGACACAUCCACAGAGCUAUGUGGGUACACAGUGGGAGUGACAGUUCUACUCGAACUUCCCAUUUUCCACUUUAGCGAAUAUUUACUAUCCAAGCUGGGACACGAUGUGCUCUUCCUCCUAUCCAUGUUUGCCUAUUCCACUCGGGUCAUUGGGUAUACAUUCCUAACACCCUCAACAGCACAUUGGGUACUGGUAUUGGAAUUUUCUCAUGGCAUUACCUUUGCCUGCAUGUGGAUUUCCUCCAUUGACUAUGCAGCAGUUGUGGCUCCCAAAGAAUGGUCCACCACAGUGCAGACACUGCUUUCGACAGCAUUGUCCUGUGUGGGUGGUGGUCUGGGGCCUGUGUUUGCAGGCUUGGUCAUGGAUCGAUUUGGACCCUAUGUGAUGUUUCGGAGCAUUGGAGUGGUUGUCGCAGCCCUGUUUGUUGUCCAUGCCUUUGUCUAUUUCACAUUGAAACAAGGACAUGACAGGUUUCUGCAGCAAUUCAAGGCAGAACGGCUGUCGGUGACAGAACCACAGGCCACCGCAGGCCAUGACAAUGAGACUAGCAGCUAGCUAUGGGGAGUCAUCAAAUAUUUGAAUAAAGACAAUGAACGCUUCGGUUGGCAACACUUUGCUACCGGUACUACCACGUAGCUAUCUAGUUGAACCAGAUGACGAUAGUUUUAAUAGUACCGGUACCAGUAGAUGAUAUAGAUCAGUUGACAGGCGUGGAAUGCCAACUGAUGG